AUGGCUCCAGAAGUGGCCUCGACUGUUCUGCUCUCCAACACACGCGCCUUAGGCAGUCACAUGGCUCGCGACAGUCAGGCUUUGACGUACAGAGAAGAAAGAGAGACCAUACAACUCCCCAGCGCCGACAUCUUUGAUCAAAAUGCCCUGCCUGGUGGGAGACUGUAUUUCGUUCCUCGCUUCUUCUCGUCAGGCUUGGUGAUCCUGAGAUACGCGAUUUCUGGCGCUUCAAGAGUACCCAUAUCGCUCGCGAAUGUCGGAGGGACUGGGUCAGAUGCUUGUUCCAACGAGACGCCUGAAAAGCAGGCCAGCUCAGAGCCAGACUGGUAUAUCAUCGGAACGAAUGUAUUAUCGGCCGAGCGGGUGACACGCCAGCAAAUGCAGUCGCUAGCGAAAGCGGGGAAGUUGCUGAGCGAAGCUUUGAGGAACAAUUGA